UUUGUGCUCUGUACUUAGCCACUUUCACACUUUCUCGUUACAAACCAAUCAAGAAUUAAUUGUCAAACUUAUUUAUUACAAUCUAUACGAUAAAGAUAAAAUUAACAUUUGAUCUUAUAUUAUUAACGAGUUUAUGGGAUCGUCGGGGAGACACAAUACUGAAAAUAUGAUGGCUGGUUCAGCAUUGAGACGGCUUAUGGCCGAAUAUAAACAGCUGACAUUAAAUCCACCUGAGGGUAUAAUAGCAGGACCAGUGAAUGAAGAGAACUUUUUUGAAUGGGAAGCAUUAAUAACAGGCCCAGAAGGAACAUGUUUUGAAGGAGGUAUCUUUCCAGCCAAGCUACAGUUUCCCCCUGAUUAUCCAUUAAGUCCACCAAAAAUGCAAUUUAUUUGUGAAAUGUUUCAUCCAAAUAUUUAUGCUGAUGGACGAGUUUGUAUAUCCAUUCUACAUGCACCUGGUGAUGAUCCCAUGGGCUAUGAAACAAGUGCAGAAAGGUGGUCUCCUGUUCAAAGUGUGGAGAAAAUACUGUUAUCUGUAGUCAGUAUGUUGGCUGAACCAAAUGAUGAGAGUGGGGCAAAUGUUGAUGCAGCUAAAAUGUGGAGAGAAGAUCGGAAUCAGUUUAAUAAAAUAGCAGAGAGAUUAGUCAGAAAAACUUUAGACUUACCCCCACCAUAACACAUUGAAAUGAAACAUUACAAGACUAGAAAAGGCACUGUCAUUAGUUGUUAUAUUUCUAAGACAUACAUAAUAGAAAUGUGUACUUGAUAUUCAUAUUGUUAAUUGUGUGUUUUAUAUGCCACCAUAAUAUGUUAUAUGUUACAUAUAUUAUCCUUAAUCCUGGGUUGUAUAGCCAAUUUAAUAAUAGAUUAUAAUAUAUUGAUAGCAUUAUACAGUGUCUUAAUGCAAUAACUAAUGCAAUAUUUUCGCCCAAAUUGAAAAAUUUUUAAAAACAGACAGACUUGAAACAGUUUGUAGUUAUUAAUUUGUAAUGUACAUAAGGUUGUAAAAAAAAUUUGAUAAAAUGGUUUUUAUUGAAAUGUAUAUAUAUUUUUUUAAAUAAAAUAGGUACUAGAUUUAAAGUCUGGCUGUUGGUCUUAAAUAAUGGUAAUAAACAAUUGAGGCAUUUUAA